UCGACAACAUUUCACUUUGGCCGUAGGAAGCAACAAGCGAUACGAGCAGCAGCAGCAGCAACAGCAAGCAACGGUAACAUCAGCAGUGAGAGCAAAAAAUAUUGGUUGCAGAAAUUUUUAUAGUAUCGGCAUUUAAAAUUCGUGGAAGUUCUUGGAAUAUAAGCAAUUAAUUUUAGUGUUUUGUACAUAAAAUUUGGCGUUGCAUGACAAGCAAUUAUUAAAAGAGUUUAGGUGCAGAAAUUUCGUAAUAGACAGGCAGGCAGGCAAACAAAAUGUACAGCUGUCAAGUGUUAGUGCAACUUUCGCUGUUACUCAGCAUUUUGACGCUACAUACCACACUGGCUGCACCAGCCGAUGCAUCAGUUAAAACCAAACCCAGCUCCACUGAGGACUCUGCGAAAUUUGUCGUCAUUAGCGAGGAUGUGAUACCCGAUUUGGAGAAUACCACACAAAAAGUUAUACGCGUCAAUCCACUCGAUCUGCCAGCGGUCACAGAGGAUCGCAGCGGCAGCGUAGACUCAUCACUCUACAAAAUUCAGAGCCUAUUGCCGCCCAGUCGCAGCUAUGUGAACUCAAACCACAUGCGUGCGACAAAAACUCGUUCGAAAAAUUCCGUCGACUCCAGUCCUGUGGCUGCUAGUGUUAACAACUUUCCUAUUAUACGGCAACUUGCCGAACCGAAAUUCCGCAAACCGAUUCGUAAUCAAAAGAAGCAGUUGCAUUUCUUUUACAAUCAAGUUGCCUUGGAUGGCCAGGAUGUGAGCAAGUCGAUGCAGGUGCAUUUGGCGCCUGGCGCUUAUCCUGUAUACUAUACAGUUGCGAAAACGAAUGGACGUUUUGGUAAAUUUCCGAUAAAAGGUUUUCGUACGCCUACAGAAUUUUUGAAAUAUUUGGCUAAAAAUAAAGUCGCAUCGUUGGACGGUGCAUCACGCGUGGAGAGUUGAGCGUUGGAGAAGGAAGCGGGCAGUAGUGGACGAAUGAAGCGGUUAAUAAAGAGUAGAAAAUAGUGUAUAGUAAAAUUAAAUUUAGUAAUUAGAAAAAUGAAUAUAUUAAAGAUAUAUUACAUACGGUGCAACCGCUAUACGGUUGUCGACGCAAGUCCGGAAAUCGGUUUAAGGUUUUGGGCAAAAAAUGUAAAAAGCUUUUAGCGGCAGACUGCUUCUUCAAAAUUUAUAUUUUUCUGUUUUAAUUAAAAGGCUUCAAAGUUGUCUUUAGCAUUAUGUGUGAUUUAUAUAAGUAGCAUCUAAUUUAUUUAUAUUUCUUAAUUAAGCUAUUUAUAUUUCUAAAUAAUGGCUUAGUGUACUUAAAGAACACAUAGAUAUGUACGUAUGUGAAAAUUUUAAAAUAUUUAAAAGUGCCAGAACAAAGUAAAAUUUU